AGCGAGCGUUCAGUUGCGGCGGUGACCGAGUCAGCGAGCGCACAAAAACAGCAAUAAGCUAACAAAUCAUAUUUUGGAAAUAACAAUAAAAAUACGGCACGCGCUAAAAAAUUAUUGAAACAAAAUACAAUAAAUACAAAGUUGCCUUAUCAGCACAAAAAACAAAGUUAUAAAAGAAAAAUAAUAAAAAUUCAAUAAGAGGCUCGUCCACGCGCUUGAAUUCAUUAAAUAUACACACUGUGAGAGAACAGCGAAUUCGCUAAUAACAAACAAAUUGAUAAAGCAGAAUGGAGAGCGUCAGAACUUUUUUCGCUGGACAGAAUAAAGACGGCACAUUGACAAACAAUCAGCGAAACGGUGGACUCAAUUUAUUUAAUGGACGCAUCGUGCCGACUGGCAUGAGCAGCGGCCUACAGGGCAACAUGAGCCCACACAUUGGAGGGGUGAAUGACAAAACACAUCACGAAGUGAAGCGAAAAGAUAACGACAGUUAUUUCUAUAUAAUGUGGCGCUCCUAAGUCAAAUCACGUGCCUCUAACUAUACUCCAGUGAAACUCUUGGUCUAAAGUUACCUGCAUUCGUCUUAUAUACAAUUUCUACGCUGCACAAAUACGCAUAAAUAAAAUUAGUUUUAAUAUAAAUUUUAUACAUUUUGUGGACGCAGGCAGUUCUUUUUGGACUGCCGAAAAUAGUAUAUGCUAGUGAUAUUAGUUUUAGCAAAUUUGCUUUCAUAAUUUAAAUUAAAAAAAAA